CUAAAGAACAAAAAUUGAUGACAAUUAAAUCAAUUGGUUUUUCUUUUCUUUCCAUUGAAAAGCUUUUCUAUUUUUCCAUUUAUUCAUCAGCUGUUGAGAGUAAUCUAACUUUCCCUUACAAUGGAUUUGUCAUCUCCUAAUAAAGGUAUAAAACAGUUUUCAAUUUUUGAUCUUCUUGAGUUGGAUGGUGAUGAAGACGAUGAUGAAUACAAUCCAGCUGAAGAGGAAGAGGUUGAAGAUGAAGAGGAAGAAUUGAUUGAAGAUCUAUUCCUGGGUGAACCUUUACAACUACAACAACAAGAAGAAGAUCAACAACAUCAUCAUCUACAACAACAGCAACAAUUAUCUUCAGAAACAUCGGAUAUCGAAAUGUCGGAAAGUGAUAUUAUCGCUUUACGAACUCGAUCUAAAUUUCAGAUUGAAGAGGAGCCCAAAGAUACUCUUGAAUUUCCCGAUGUAACUGAAGAUCUUUAUGAAGAAGCGAUGGCCGAAGACGAUGAAUGGUCAAUCUUUUUAAAAGCUCUUUUCCAAGAUGAUCCAAGUAAACUUCUCGAUGAAGAUGAAGCCAAAGAUCCUGAUUAUGAAUUUGAUGAUGUAAAUGAAAUAAUUAGACGAGAAACUGGUGAAACUGGUGAUGUAAAUAUAACCUCUCAAGAGGAUGAAAUGUCAAUCGCACCGGUUGAAAGGAUUGAUUUAAAAUCAUUAUCUUCAAGUGAUCUCUCUGAAUGGAGUAAAUUUUUCACCAAGGAAGACAUUCAACUUCUUUAUCAUCAAAUGUCUCAACAUGUCCAACUACUCACUCAACAUUAUCUGCUCACAAUGACCAGUUCAACAUUAGGUCAUAUCGCUGAAAAUGCCUCUUUCCUGAUCAAAGAAUUGAAUCAAUUCGCUCAGGGCAAAGAGAUCUCCCUGUUUGCUACUCCAAAUUUAUCCGAUUCUUUACAAAUUUUAAAAGACAAUCCAAUCAAUCCAAGUAACAUCACAGUUAUUGCCAAUUCUUGGCGUCAAUGUCCAGUUCCUUUAAAUGUCAGGCCAAUAAUAGCUUCUUAUCCUCAAGUUUUCUGUUACCAUGAACUACUACCAAACACUGGCUAUCCCGAUGUGACCGCUGGUGAAUCCCGACGAAAAGGUAAUUGCAAAACGAAAACCAAAUUUAGCCGAGCUGAAGAUCAUUUAAUCGCUCUUGGAUUGGAACAAUUUAAAGAGGUCGAAAAGAAACAUAUCUACUCAUAUAUUCAACAACUACUUGUUCCAGUGAAAACCACUGAGCAAAUUCAGAUGCACGUGAAAAACAAAAAGCGUCACAUUAAAGAUAAAUCAACAGGUAGUUACGAUGAAAAUAACCCGUUAUCAUAUUAUCUUAAAAAUGGUAAAUUGUUACCAAUUUCCCGAUCACUACCUGAACCUAAACUAACCUAUUCAGUGUUUGAUAAAAUCCCUGAAUGGUUAUGUAAACAAUUGGAUCCACAAUUUACUUCAUCAACAAAAUUAAAAGUUCUUCCCCGUCUUAAACUUUCACCUCUCAAAGGUGUUUACUCACUUAAAUAUCCAACGAAUCCAUCAUCGCCCAAAAAGCAGACCAGUCUAAUAUUACGGCGAUUUCGUUAUCUUAACAAAUUACCCUACAUAAAACCUAAACUCAACAAUCAAAACAUAACCACUACAGAGAUUACUAAAUCAUCAGAAGUACCUGUGAUCAAUUUAGAAAACACUCCUUUAAUUGUUUCCUCACCUUUACCAUCAAAUAGCAGUCAAUCUUUAUCAUCAACACCUCCAUCUCCACCACCACCACCACCUCAUCAUCAUCAUCAUCAACCUCCAUCAUCGACACCACCACCACCACCUCCAUUGAUUACAUCAAAUUUAAUUGAAGAAUCUCCUCCGAAAAUGAUAACUUGUGAUGAUCAAUGUAAUUUAGAAAGUGCUGAACAAAUGUUGACCGUUGACACCGAGAUGACCAGCAAAGAAUCAAUAAGUGAAAUUGAUGAACCAGAAAGAAUUGAAAUCGAUAUUUCUGAACCAAUAGAAGAGGUCAUUUCAUCAGAAACAUUUGAUGAACCUGAUCAAAGUCAACUUUCAUCUCCCGGUCAACAAUCAACCAAUUUAACAUCUAAAAGCGAUUCACCAAUAAAUCCAUGUUCAGUUGAAAAGGAAUCAGAAUCAAUGACUCAAAAUGAAGAUGACGAUGAAAGUGAUCUUGCUGCAUUGAUGGUCGCCAGUUCGACAAUUACAAGUAAUAAAGGACGAAAUAAAUCUCAUGACACUUCAAGUGGUUCGGCAUCUAAAAAAGAGGCGAAAAAAUCUCUCACAACCAAACAUAAAGAAUCAACGGUUCUCUUACUUUCCGAAGAGGAUUGGCUUCUAAACGAUAGUAAUCGAGAACAGAAGGAACAAAUUAUGGUCCAAUGUUUCGUGAGCAAAGUUCGAGAAGUUUUAAAAAGUGACGAGGAUUAUGUCCAAUUCUUAACGUAUUUGAGUGAAUUUGGUAAAAAUCGAAGUUCAAACUCGAGUGAAACCGAUGGAAACGGUGGAAAUAACAGUUCGAUAAAAGAUCUACACCAUAAGACGGAGAAAUUAUUGCGAAAAGUAAAUGCCCAACAAGUGAUGGAAGAUUUUGUCCUACUUUUAAACGCCUCCGAGGCCCAAGAAUGCGGUAAAAUGUACCAAUAUCUUCACUGGCGACGAUACCUGAGCUUCAUCCGUAAACUGGAGGUUUACUCAGCGGUGGAACCAAAUUGUAUCCCUCGAUUGCAUAAAACUUUAAUACAAUUAAAAGCAUCUGAAACUCCCGUUGACAAACAACGACUUAAAGCUGCCGUUAGUAAAGCAAUUAGUGGUCAUCCAUAUCUAAUUAAUGAAUUUUCUAGUCUCUUUCUUGAUGAGAAACCUAAAAGUUAUUUAUUUGCAAGUGAUGAAGAUUUUGAUAACCUUGUGAUAACCAAUGUUCAAAAUUUCGGGUCUCGGUGUUGGGGUUCGAUUCUUGCUGAUGAUUUAUUUGAAAAUGUUUCCGUUGAUAUAAGUGGAGAUGAACGUAAAUAUGGAACCAAUGAAUGUCCCUGUAAAUUGUGUCAUAAUAAUAGUAAUAAUAACAAUACCAAUGGAAAUAUUUCCAGCAUCGGUAGUAACAAUAAUAGUGUUAAUAGUAAUACCAUUGACGGUGGAAAUCUUGCCACUGCCGCUUCGAAUCCAAUUCCUGCCACUUGUACUUCUAAUUCUACCACCGUCAUCGCUACAACUUCAUCGGUUAUUGGUCUUCCAUUAGGUGAACCAGAAGGAUCUAAACGUAAUCAACAGUCACAAUCAACUACUGUACCACCGUUGCGUCAUUGCGCUGCCUGUAGUUUAAGGUUCAUCGGUGGUAAAAUUUAUCUUCAAGGUCCGAAAAAAAUGCAACCCGCUGAGGUACAAUAUACACCAGUUCGAGAAUCUCGUUCAUCUGUAAUCAUUUCAACUCGAAAUCAACAACAGCAACAAUCAAAACAAUCCAAUCAACAAGUGGCAAUUGCUUCACCUUCAUCUCCAAUUAAAUCACCAAUUGUAAAUGAACCAAGUCCAAUUGUCAGAAGUGAUUCAGUUAGUGAUUCUAAUGAUGAACGAUCUUGGACUUUGGCGGAGGAUAAAUUGCUACUCGAAUUUUGUAAAGCUAAAGUUUCAAACGACGAUGAAGCAAAUCUAAUCGAACUGUUCAACGAAAUCGCUUGUAAACUCAAUCGACCCUGUGAUCAUGUUGUUGAAAGAUUUAACAGAUUAAUGGAAUUAUUUAAAAACGAGUCAUCAAUAGUGGACACAAAUCAGUCAGAAAUCGGUGAAGGUCCAUCAAACCUCAAUAAAGAUCAGAUAACGGAAACGGAAGAUGAACCCCAAGAGACAGUUAUUGUUGAAGCUGUUUCGACGGACUUAAAUUAAAUCAACGUAAUAUUUGUAAUAAUUUACUAAACAAAUUUUCUGUAUUUAAUACAAUUUGCUUUUCUAUCAACAAAAACAAUGUUAUAUAUUGUGUACAAUUAACAACGGCAACAAUUAACCGAAAGAUGAGCAAUUGAUGUAUCCUCAAGUGAUGAGAUGCUGAAAGAGAGAAACAAAGUCUUUUAAAUAGCAAUUAUUGUAAAGAUGAUUUAACAAUGGAAAAUUUUUAUAUUCCAGAUUAAAUUCUGAUUCUUUUCAUGAUAA